UGUUCAGAAAUUAACCGAAGGGCGCGGACGGAGAGUGUGAUAGAUCUGUCUGGUCAGCGUCGGCUCGUUCCACUGAAAUUUUCAAUUUCAAUCGGAGUUCUUGUUCUUGUUGUUCUUCUUCUCUCUCCUGGGUUGUUUUGUUCUUCUCGCGCCAUUUUCACUCUUCUGUUGCUGGCAAUCCGAGGAACAGGGACAUGGAUUUGGACCAGUGGAUCGUUAAGGUCAAGGAAGGCCAGCAUCUUCUUGAAGACGAACUUCAACUUCUUUGCGAAUAUGUAAAAGAGAUCCUCAUUGAGGAAUCUAAUGUGCAACCUGUCAACAGUCCUGUAACGGUCUGUGGUGACAUUCACGGUCAGUUCCAUGACCUGAUGAAACUUUUUCAGACUGGAGGUCAUGUACCAGAGACAAAUUAUAUCUUCAUGGGUGAUUUUGUUGAUCGAGGUUAUAACAGUCUCGAAGUUUUUACUAUUCUUUUGCUUCUUAAAGCCAGAUAUCCGGCUAACAUCACACUCUUACGAGGAAACCAUGAGAGCAGACAGCUUACUCAGGUUUAUGGUUUUUAUGAUGAGUGCCAGAGAAAGUAUGGAAACGCUAAUGUGUGGCGGUACUGUACAGAUGUUUUUGACUACUUGACACUCUCAGCAAUUAUAGACGGAACUGUUCUCUGUGUCCAUGGAGGACUCUCUCCUGAUGUUCGAACCAUAGAUCAGAUACGGGUGAUUGAUAGAAAUUGUGAAAUUCCACAUGAGGGACCUUUUUGUGAUCUUAUGUGGAGUGAUCCAGAAGAUAUUGAAACAUGGGCAGUUAGUCCACGAGGAGCCGGUUGGCUUUUUGGUUCCAGAGUUACUUCUGAGUUCAAUCACAUUAAUAAUCUUGAUUUGGUUUGCCGAGCACAUCAACUUGUACAAGAAGGUCUCAAGUACAUGUUUCAGGAUAAAGGCCUUGUAACUGUAUGGUCUGCUCCAAAUUAUUGCUAUCGUUGUGGGAAUGUAGCUUCUAUAUUGAGCUUUAAUGAGAAUAUGGAAAGAGAAGUGAAGUUCUUCACUGAGACAGAGGAGAAUAAUCAGAUGAGAGGCCCAAGAACAGGAGUUCCUUAUUUCUUAUGAUAAAGGAAAAGGGGUGUUGAUGGUUGACCAUAAUUGUGAAAGUAUCGAGCUAUAUCAUGUUCGGGCGAUACAUCUCUUAAACAACGAUACCUUAAACUUGUUGUUUGCAGGUAGAUCAUUGUUCAGCUUGGAUGGUUGUUUCAUCCUAGGCUGAUAAGAUAGAUAUUUUGGGCUGUGAAUUACGUUGGCAGUAGGUAAUUUAUUUUAUUCAGCAGUUUGCAUUCAUAGUAUGGUUUUUGUUGUUGGGACCGCUUUAAAUCCAUUUGUGUAUUACUAUUGAAAGAAAGAAAAUCUCAGCCAGCCACGCCUGUGCAUUAUAUACUGCCUGUUGAGCAUGUUUUUACAACUCAAAUUCUGACAUUAAUCAAUGUAGAAAGUAUGUAGCCAUGGGAUUAC